UGUUUGAACUACUUUGCUUAGAUUUCAAAUGAGUGGUGCAUGAUUUUUUACUUGUUAACAUCUAUUCAUAUUGUUUUUUGAUAAAUGAUGAAAAAAAUUUCAUGUAAAUACAAAGUAUAUACAGUAUUAUUAUUCGUGACGCAUCUUGGUUAAUAUUGCUGUCAAAGAUGUUGGAAAUUUGGCAUACUCAUCUUGGUUUGUAGUGAGAUACUGAGAUGUGAUAACUUUUCAUUUUUAGGAAAAGUUUUCCUCAAUUUUCUUGUCAAGGUUGAGUCACUUGAGUGUCUUCAUUUGGGUUUGCAAAGGCCUAAAAUAAUUGUUGAAAGUUGAAAAUAGUUUUCUAAAUGAUGGAAGAAGUUUUCCAUUUUGAGAAAAUUAAUGAAUGUUACAUUUUUCUCUAUUUUUCCUCAAUCCUGCCAACCUUCCCUUUAUUUUAAUUUUUUUUUUCCGUUAUUGUCUAACUUUUCUGGUGAGUUAUUGUGUGUCCAAAUGUUAUUGUGUGAGUUGAACAUACCCUUAUUGGCGUAAAGAUGAGCUUAUUAUUAAAUGUUGUAACAAAAAUAGCAGAUUUAAAGGCUUAGGAAGAGAUAAAGUUGGAGAAAACAUGGAAAUGGAAACUCCAACAAUGAGUCCAAAGAUGAAGAAAUAUUUGUUGAUAGUAAAUUGCAUAAUGUUAGCAAUAGGAAUAAGCGGCGGUCCACUAAUCAUGAGGUUGUAUUACCUACAUGGUGGUAAGAGUAUUUGGCUUUCAUCUUGGUUAGAAACUGGAGGAUGGCCUAUGAUGAUUGUUCCUCUCCUCGUUGCUUAUUUUCGACGCCAAGUGGCUCAUCCUACGCAAGCCAAGCUCCUCUUCAUCAAGCCUAGUACCUUUUGUUUUGCUGCUGUUGUUGGACUAAUAGCAGGGUCAGCAGACUACUUGUAUGCAUAUGGAGUAAAACACAUACCAGUCUCAACAUCAUCUUUAAUCUUAGCAACCCAACUAGCCUUCACAGCAGUAUUUGCCUUCUUAUUAGUCAGGCAGAAAUUCACAGCAUGUUCAAUAAACGCGGUUGCUCUUCUAACCUUCGCAGCCAUAGUCUUAGCCCUUCAUGCUAGCGCUGAUAAACCAACGGGUGAAUCAAGUGCUCAGUAUUACUUAGGGUUCUUCUUUACCCUAGCUUCAUCUGCCUUAUUCGCUCUUAUGCUUCCUAUGAUUGAGCUCACUUAUAAAAGAGCUAAACAAACUGUUACCUAUUCUUUGGUGAUGGAGAUUCAGCUUGUGUUGUCAUUCUUUGCUACCGCUAUGUGCACUAUUGGGAUGCUUGCUAGCGGCGAUUACAAGGGUUAUGUAAGCGAAAUGCACGAGUACAAACUUGGGGUUGCCAUGUACUUUGUUGUGCUAGUAUGUAGUGCAAUUAUAUGGCAAUUCUUCUACCUAGGGGCGGCCGGGGUCAUAUACUAUGGCUCCUCUUUGUUGUCCGGAGUAAUCAUAGCGGUUGCACUUCCGAUCACGGAGAUAGCCGCUGUGUUUUUCUACCACGAAAAGUUUCAGGUAGAAAAGGGGCUAUCUCUUGCUCUUUCACUUUGGGGAUUUAUUUCUUACUUUUAUGGUGAGGCUAAGGAUGUCAAGAAACAAAAAAAGAGAGAAAGAAACAAUUUAGAAUCUAGAAAUGCAGAUAUAGAAUCAUAAAAUAGGAUGUUAAUCAUGUUAUAGAAUAUUGUUUUAAUUAAAGUACCUAGUGUGUGAAUUCUACUUGUUAGAAUUAGAUAACCUGGAUUUCAGUUGGCUCACAUCAAGGAAUAAGCAAGGUUUUUCCUUAGAUGAGAGUUGCAUAUCAGCAUAUGAUUUCAAUUUUGUAAUCCUUUUGAUUGUGUAAUAUCCUCUCAAAUCAUGAUUUUUUAAAAGUUGAUUAGAGUUUAUAAUUUAA